CAAUUAAACAAUGAAGGGAAAACCGGGAUCGCUAUACCUAGAGUUACCCACUUAGAGGCAGUUAUGAGAAUUCUGAGAUACCUGAAAUCUUCUCCAGAAAAGGGCUUCUAUUUCUCAAAACAUGGUCAUCUUAGUGUGGAGGCUUUUAUUGAUGCAGAUUAGUCUGGAUCAGUCAUUGAUAGACGAUCGACUUCUGGGUAUUGCAUAUUUGUUGGACGCAACCUGGUCACUUGGUGUAGUAAGAAACAAAAUGUGGUUGCUAGAUCCAGUGCAGAGGCAGAAUUCAAGGCUAUGGCUCAGGGUAUAUGCGAAAUGUUGUGGAUUAGACUAUUAUUGAGAGACUUGGGGAUUCAUCAAACUGAUUCUAUGAGGUUGUACUGUGACAACAAGACGGCUAUCAACAUAGAUCAUAAUCUGGUUCAGCAUGACAGAACUAAGCACAUGGAGAUUGAUAGGCACUUCAUCAAGGAAAAGCUCACUAGUGGCAUCAUAUGCACUCCAUUUGUGAAGACUGAUGAUCAACUGGUGGAUGUUCUUACCAAGGGAAUAGGGAAUAAACCAUUUUAUGGCAUUCUCACCGAGCUGGGCAUGAGAGAUAUCUUCGCACUAGCUUGAGGGGAGUGUUAGAAUAGGAAAUAAUAUUACAUAUAUUUUAUUUUAUUUUAUUUUCCUUGAUUGAUGUAAUGGGCUGGCCCAUAAUUUAUGCCUGAUGGCACUCCUAUAAUUACUCAUUAUUAUCAAUAUAAAAGGGAAUGAGGUCUCACUCAUUCCCUAUCUCUUUCUCUUCUCUAAACUUACAAAAGUUAUUGCAUGUUUAUCUAUUUGUUAGUCAUUGUAUCCUCGUCGUGUCUGCGUCUUGGUUUUUCAAAACUGGUCGUGUUAGCAUGUCUGUAUCAUGUCUUCACUAUGUCCCAUGUCAUAUCUGUGCUUCAUUAUGGCACUGUGGUUUGGGAUCAUAUAACAUAUUAAUGGGCUCUCAUACAGGCCAAGUGUGAAUGUACGCUCUCAUUUGUAAUAUUGGCUCAAGGGGUAAUAAUUUUUUGCUGAAGUUGUUUAUUUCUGUGCAGGUAAUGUUAGCAUGUGGCAAGUACAACUUGGUACAUGAUUUUUUCAAGAAGGUGCUGAAAUCUUCUAUUCCAAAUGCCUUGACUUAUAAAGUUCUUGUGAAUGCACUCUGGAGGGAGGGAAAAACUGAUGAGGCUGUAUUGGCUGUUGAAGACAUGGAAAGACGAGGAAUUGUUGGUUCUGCUGCUCUUUAUUAUGACCUAGCUCGUUGUCUCUGCAGUGCUGGAAGGUGCCAAGAGGGACUUACUCAAAUUGACAAGAUUUGUAAAGUUGCUAACAAACCUCUAGUGGUGACUUACACUGGUUUAGUUCAAGCUUGCCUGGAAGCUGGAAACAUUCAAAAUGGUUCUUAUAUUUUCAAUCAUAUGCACAAGUUUUGCUCCCCAAAUUUGGUGACGUGUAAUAUAAUGUUGAAAUCAUACCUAGAACAUGGGAUGUUUGAAGAAGCUAAAGGGUUAUUCCAGGAAAUGCUAGAACAUGGCAAUCGUGUUAGCAACAAAGUAGAUUACAAGGAGAGGGUUAUACCAGAUAUCUACACAUUUAAUACAAUGUUAGAUGCCUGUGUUAUGGAGCAGCGGUGGGAUGACUUUGAGUUUGUCUACAAACAGAUGCUGCACUACGGUUACCACUUCAAUGCUAAACGACAUCUUAGGAUGGUAAUGGAUGCAUGCAGAGCAGGAAAGGUAGAGCUGCUGGAAACGACAUGGAAGCACUUAGCCAGGGCAGAUCAGACUCCGCCACCACUUCUGAUGAAAGAAAUGUUUUGCAUGAAAUUGGAGCAAAGUGACCAUGCUGCUGCUCUCUCCUGUAUUUCAAGCCAUCAUUUUAGUGACUCACAGGUAUUCUCUCGCAAAGCAUGGUUGAAUUGUUUCAAAGAAAAUACCCAUCGCUUCCAAAAGGAUAGUCUUGUGAAGUUGGUAUGCGAGGGUAACAGACUCAUGUCGAGAAGUGGCGACUCCUCCCAGCAGCUAAUAUGUCAGAAUCUAAUCACAUCUUGUUUAGAAUUUUUAAGGACCACCCAUAUGACAGUGUUUGAAAUGUAUGAUGCCCAAAUUCUCAACAGAUUGUAUUGAAACAGUUAUUAAAUAAUUUGUUAUGCAUUCAUUCUUUUGACAAGCA